UACAAUAUAUAUCACUCUCACACUCUUCCUCUUCCAGAUCCCCUUCUACCUUCAAACCUUCCUCACCUUCUUCUUCUUUUCCUUUCUAUUCAUAUUAUUUUUAUUUUUCUCAAACCACUCUCAGACGUUUCAACAAAACAACACCAACUCCUCCGUUAAUCGCUUUGCAGAAUCUGAAAAACUUUUUCUUUCAAUUGGUUUCUGGGAAGAUCCGGUUGAUCCGAUCCUCAUGGGGAGCGAUUUGGGUUUGCAACCGUGUGAUUACGUCGUUUUGGUUUGUGUUCUCGGACUCGAUAUUUUCUGAAACCUCGUACUGGGUUGUAUUGUAAGAGUGGGAUCUAGUGUGGGAAACAAAAAAAAAGAAUUGUCGGAAUCGUUGAGGUUACAAAUGGAGACACUUGUUGUUAUGGCGCAUCACAGGAACCAAUGCUACCCCCGGUCGGAACCCCAAGACCACGCUGAGUUUGGUUCCUCUUCACCUUCGAGAGACUUUAGGGGCAUAAAUUGCAGAACUUUCCAAACGGGGUGUGGUAUUCUACCAACCCCACUCAAUUCUCACUCUUCACCGUUAACUAAACACCCCAAAACGCCGAUAGCUCCUUCAAACACUAACAAAACCCGUUGCAGAACCACUCCUAAUAGCGCCCCAGUUCCCAUCGAUCACAGAAAGGGGAAAAGUUUCGGCCACCAUGUUUCUGAUAGGGGCAUUUUGCUCUCUGAACUUUGGGCUGGGCCUACAUAUUCGAAUUCUCCACCACCCAGUUCCUUGCCUAUUCCGAAAUUUUCUGUAAGGCCGAAGAGGAGUGUGUCCCUCGAUCUCCCUGGUUCUUGUCCUGAAAUUGAAUUGCAGUUACAUGCCAGUUCUGCCCCUUCCUCCCCUCGCGGGGAACAUUCUCCAUGUGCCAGAGACCUCUUUGAUUCGCCGACGAAGGCGUUGCGUCGCAUCCUCAAUCUUAGCUUGGAUGAUGAAUGAGGCUGGAGGAGCAGCAGGCUCCUGUACAUAUUAAGUGCUUUUGGUUGAUGAAGUCGGGUUAGUGUAAGAUUAGGUGUGUAUAAAGUGACCAAAUAAAAGAUUGUAGCUUUAGUUUGUGUAGCUUUCAGUACAGUGGUGGUGUGCCUUUGACUGUGGUGAAUGAUGAUGAUGGGUGUGGUGGGUUCAUGAUUGGAAGCGUUAGCAGGGUUUUGUUUUGUGACAUUGAUGGAGGCUGCCAGAGAAAUGAUUGUGAGAAGCUGAAUGGCGUGGUAAAGGAUUGGAGUGGCAUGGAAUACAAACGGGUGGUAAUGAAGAAAGAUAUUAGUUUAAUAUAAUAUAGAGGAACGCAGAGUUCAUGGUGUGGUGUAGUUCAUAGUAUAAAGUCCUAACAGAAAGAAUAGUUACCUUCGCUUAAUCCGAUAAAGAAUAUAGGUGUCCUGUUUUAGUACAUAAUGUAGAUUGUAGAAUCCUUUCACUUGCAAUAGCCUAUAGAGCUUAACCCUCUUGAUCCUCUUUACCCCGUCAAAUUUUCUUUUAUUAUCAGUCUUUUUAUCCUUAUAUUCUGGUCUUGUAGGACGAUCCACUUUUUACUAGUUUGUAGUUACUACUUGUCCUUCUCUAUUUAGCUGUCUCUUGUUUCUCUCUGUAUGUAAAGUUUCCAUUUCUUAGCUGCCCUCUGGAGGGUAUAGUCUGUCCCUUCACCAUCUUUUCAGUUUUUUACAAAGAAAAGUUGGAAGGGCUUAGGUUAUAUAUCUUACGGUGCUGUUUGCUAUUGUCUGUUAGGGUUAGUCUGUGUCACGCAACCUGUUAUCAAGCCCCUAAUGUUUUCCAUCAUAUUCUUUGGUUAUUGCUUCCUUCCGUAGUCUCACCUGACAUAUCCUUGAUGGAGAGUGUUGACCAUACUACGCCAGAAUUUUAGGCAGGCGAAACUGUGCCGAAGCUGUUUUGUUCAAAAGAUGUGAUCAUGAUCUUUUAGGUCGCUAGUUAGUUUACAAGAUUUUUCUUAGAAUCCCAUCGUGGUUUGUAACUUAUCUGUCCUUCUGAGUUUGUGUAACUUGUGGAACAACAUGUGGUAUGCUGAAAUAAGUUAGUUUACUAUUAGCUAUGUACUAUGCUUUAUCUGGAGUAGGUAUGAAGUUAUAUGUUUCUGUUCA